UUGAGAGCCAGUUCCCACGCAUCGUGAAGAGGAGACCCGAUGCGCCUCUAGAAACGGAGACCACUCAUUCACCACUCACGCACAAAAACGCGCACUGCUUUUUUUGGUGGCGGGCACCGUGCGCAAAAACUGGCUCCGUGGUCGAAUCCUCAGGCUGCACAGACUUUGCAUUGACACCGCAUCAUUCUCUGACAGCUCCCACAGACAAACGCCAGGCACAGAGGCUGGGCUGGAUUUUCAGGCUGUGACAGAACAGCCAUGACAGACACUGUGAUGAGUGGUGGUUCAGAUCGCUGGGUAUCAAAUAAUAGACAAAGAGGAAUGCAUUCAAGUGAUAAAGAACAGGAGAACUGGACCAUGCAGCAAGGUCCUGGUGCAGGUCCAGACCUAACGGAUGAAGAGAAGGAGAUUAUCAACAGUGUAAUUGCUCGCGCUGAGAAAAUGGAGGCCAUGGAACAAGAGAGAAUUGGGCGCUUGAUAAAUAACUUGGAUGAUAUGAAGAAGACCGUGUGUGGGGAUGGAGUGUCCCGCUGUUUGGUGUGCGGAGAGCAGCUGGGCUCACCUGGGGUCAGCUCAGUGGUGUGUGAAGACUGUAAAAAGAGCAUGUGUACUAAGUGUGGUACGCAGUGUAGCAGCCGACCACGUGCUGUGUGGCUAUGCAAGAUCUGCAGGGAACAGAGAGAGGUAUGGAAGCGGUCCGGUGCAUGGUUCUUUAAAGGCUUCCCCAAACAUUUCCUCCCUUCUCCAAUGCCUUUGUCCAAACCAAAAGAUGAGCCUGCUCCAGUCGCAGCAGGAAGCAAAGGACCACCUGCUCCAAACCCAAAAGAGGCACCACCUCAAACACAGCGAACUCCAGGUCAAGUGUCACACACCCGUGCUGGUUACCCACCGGUGGCCCCAAAACCUGCAGUGGCACGCAUGGCCACAGGUGGAGCAGGUGCUGAAGAGGCGGGGCAGUCGAGCCCAGUGGUGAUGAAGAAGAUGGUCCCUGUUCAUAGCUCCAGGCCGCAACCUGGUGGCUCAGCUGCUACAGCUCAGCAGGGAUCAGUGGCUGGAGAAACAGGACUCUACUCCUCUGAGCAAAGAGCGCCCCCUGCUGCAGACAGGAGGCAGCCUGCUGCCUACAGCGCUCCUCCAGUCCGGCAGCAGCCUCCCCCAGAGGAGGAGGAGGAGGAGGCCAACGACUACGACUCUGAUGAAGCCACAACUCUGGGCUCUAUGGAAUUCAGUCUUCUCUAUGAUCAGGAAAGCAACAGCCUCCAUUGUAGCAUCCUCAAAGCAAAGGGACUAAAACCAAUGGAUUCCAAUGGUUUGGCAGAUCCUUAUGUCAAGCUUCAUCUUUUACCUGGAGCAAGUAAGUCAACAAAGCUGCGCACAAAAACACUUAGAAAUACCCGCAACCCUGUGUGGAAUGAGACACUCACCUAUCAUGGACUAACAGAUGAGGACAUGCAACGCAAGACUCUUAGGCUGUCUGUCUGUGAUGAAGACAAGUUUGGCCAUAAUGAGUUUAUUGGUGAAACUAGAGUUGCACUGAAGAAACUGAAGAUGAACCAGAAGAAGAACUUCAAUGUGUGUCUUGAGAGAGUUAUCCCAACCAAGAAGACUGCGACAGCUGGAGUAGCCAGGGGCAUAGCUCUUUAUGAAGAUGAGACAGGUAAAGAUGGGAGCGAGUCAGAGGAGCGUGGUCGAAUCCUCAUUUCUCUCAUGUACAGCACUCAACUGAACCGCCUCAUUGUUGGUGUUGUACGCUGUGUUCAUCUCGCUGCUAUGGACGCCAAUGGCUAUUCUGAUCCUUAUGUCAAAAUUUGUCUAAAACCUGACAUGGGAAAAAAGGGUAAGUCCAAAACACAAAUCAAGAAGAGGACUCUCAACCCAGAGUUUAACGAGGAGUUCAGCUAUGACAUCAAGCACAGUGAACUUGCCAAAAAGACCCUAGACAUAUCUGUGUGGGAUUAUGACAUUGGAAAGGCAAAUGAUUACAUUGGUGGAUGUCAGCUGGGUAUUACUGCCAAAGGGGAACGACUCAAACACUGGUAUGAAUGUCUGAAGAAUAAGGACAAGAAGAUUGAGCGUUGGCACACCUUGUUCAAUGAAAAUCAUGUCUCUAGUGAUUAACCCAUCAUUCUGCAUGUGCAGGGUUGUCAUGUGCUUGCCCUAACUUAGUUUAUUAUCAUAUCUUUACGCACUUUUUACAUGCUUCUUUCUUACUUAUUUCCACUGUCUCAUAUAGACAUUUUUCAAGUUAAUAGAUGUCCUCAUCAUCUUACAGAAACUGAUCUCUCUGCCUGUGCUUUUUUCAAACUGCCUUUGGGACAUAUCAUUUAGAAAAAGUCAUAGUUUUAUUAAUGUAACCAAGACUAAAAGGAAACACAUCAGUGAAUAGCUGCACAAUGACCGCCAUGCCUGUCAUCAAUGUUACUUAUUGUACUAAAUUUGAUAUGCUCUUUGAUAAUGAAAUAGGGGGUCUGUUUGCAUCGGAACAAAGAAAGCAAUAUGCUGAAGUGUAGAGGUCUGACCCUUUCAUAAGAGGCCUUGGCUCAGUUCAUGCCUGUAUUUCCUAGACUAUCAGAGUAUAAUUUAAAAUGUUGUACGCAUUCAGCUCACUGUAGUUAAGCUCUUGAAUUAUAAGCAUGCCAAGUCACCACACACUGUCCAUAACAUGCUGUAUAUUUCCAUAAAGAAAUGUUUACAUAAAGUUACAUUGCUCAGGUUAGAAUAGAUAUUAUAAAAUCAUCUGAUUUGCAGGUGAUGCAUCAAAAUGUGGACCAUGAGCUAGAUAAACCUUUUACCAUUUACUGUUAAAUUAAGGUUAUAGCGCACAAAGUAAGCUUUAUAUGUAUAAGUAAUUGGGAUGUUUUGUUUGUGAAAAGUAUUCAUUGUUUCAUAAGAAAACUUAAUGUUAAUGUUAUUUCAAUAACAAUGACAAUUAGCUGCAAAAGAUAAUUCUAGCUUGGCUCUGAGGUCUACUGCUAAAUAUACAAUACCUGUGGUCAGGUUUCUUAUAAUAUUUCCUAUAAAUGACUGCUCUACUCAAAAGGUCGAGCGGGGAUAGGCUGUCAUUGGUGUGCAGCUUUACCUGCAUGCACUGUGCUCAUGUUUUUCGUGUGCCUGGGGCAGUUGUGGGCUGCUCCUAUCCCAAUACUUUGCACAAAGCAGGGCUACUUCUCCUCUGCCACGCCCCAAUCAUUUGAGGCUUCAGUGUGUGUUCUUUAAUCACAGAAAACCCAAGGAAAGCACACUUACAAAGUGGAAUGACCUCAAUUUAUACAACUGUUUGCAAACCCUAUGCAUGAAUGUCUUGUGGUUCAAGAUAUCUAGCCUUUGUAAAAAAAAAUAAAUGCUAUUGUAAGUCUAUAUAUGUUUACACAGCCCGUCACAUUCCCUCAGUAUUCUAGCAUGACAACAAUGAUACAGUUUUGUCUAAAUCUGGUCUAAUAUCACAUAGAGAUCACAAAUAACAGUGCACAAACUGUACAGUCUAUAAGUAGCAGAUUUCUCCUCCUAUACAAAUUAUAUCCAUCAGUGUUUUGAGUUGUCUCACAUGUAAGUAAUUACCUUAAAAUACAGCCAUUUUUAAUUUGCUCCCCUCUCAGUUGAUUUUGCCAGUUUAAUGGAAUGUUUGUUAAAUCUGUCAUUGUAAAUACGUCGUGCAUGCACUGAAAGAUUGUACGUUUGCAGAUAACUGUGCAUGUAAACAUUUUGCAGAGU